AGACAGCGAUCUCCUCUCUCUCUCUCUCUCUCUCUCUCUUCGUUCCAGCUUGUUUCCCCCCCCCCCCCUUUGCAUUCCCUUAAACCUAACUGUAUCUCUUCCUUUCUUCCAUCACGUUAGGGUUUCUUCUCCAAUUUCUCCCACAUGAUCCUUUGAUCGCAAUAUCCUUCCAUUUCACUUAUUUCAGGUUAGAUUUCGUCUAGCCGGGGAGUUUCAAGGCUUCCGGCCCCUAAUAUCAAUAAUAUGGCUUCGGACUUGCACAUGACCCCUCAGUUGGAGCAGAUCCAUGGUGAAAUUAAGGACAAUUUUCGAGCUCUCUCAAAUGGGUUCCAGAGGCUGGAUAAAAUCAAAGAUUCCAACAGACAAAGUAAACAGCUUGAGGAACUUACUGGGAAGAUGAGGGAGUGUAAAAGAUUGAUUAAAGAAUUUGAUCGUGAAAUUAAAGAUGAGGAGAUCAAAAAUCCUCCUGAACUAAAUAAGCAACUCAAUGAUGAGAAGCAAUCCAUGAUAAAAGAGCUGAAUUCCUAUGUCGCUCUGAGGAAAACUUUUAUGAAUAGCCUUGGUAACAAAAGAGUUGAACUUUUUGACAUGGGAGCAGGGGGCAGUGAACCUAUAGCUGAAGAAAAUGUUCAAAUGGCAUCAGCUAUGUCAAAUCAAGAACUCAUUGAUGCUGGUAUGAAGACAAUGGAUGAAACUGAUCAAGUCAUUGAACGAUCUAAAAAGGUUGUUGAACAAACAAUUGAAGUGGGAACUCAAACUGCUGUUACCUUAAAAGGCCAAACUGAACAAAUGGGUCGAAUUGUAAAUGAGCUGGAUACAAUUCAGUUCUCAAUUAAGAAGGCCUCACAGCUGGUGAAGGAAAUUGGGAGGCAGGUGGCGACAGAUAAAUGUAUAAUGCUAUUUCUUUUUCUCAUUGUAUGUGGUGUGAUAGCCAUCAUUGUUGUUAAGAUCGUCAACCCCAACAACAAAGAUAUCAGAGACAUUCCUGGGUUGGCACCUCCAGCCCCUUCAAGGAGGCUGUUGUAUCUAAGGGAUCCAGGACGUGUUGCUUAGAUUCAUCAUCUCUGACCAGUAUUUCUUCCCACCUUUUUUGAUGAUCUGUUGUAGUGGGAAUACUGCUACUUGCGAGCAUGCUCCAUAUUUUUUUUCCCUUCUCCCAAUUCAUUUCUCAUCCGAGUUGUGCAUAUCGCAUUUGUGAUUAUAUGUGUAAAACAUAUUUGAGGGCUUUUUGGCACUGUUUUGAAAGUUAUGCUCUGGUUCCUUGUUCAAAUAUUUUGUGAGACUGGCUGUGCUAGGAGGAAAAAGUUGCGACUGGAAAUGUGUAACAAAAUACGUUGAUGAACCAUUCGGGUGAUGUACAUUUUUCUUUUCAAAUAUGUCCCAUCAUGACUUUUUUCCCGCUA